AUGCUGCAGAGCUCAGCCUAUUCGAAAGAGUCUCUAUGUGUCUUAGUUACCUAUCUUGCCAAACAAGGAAUCUAUAGCCUAGGUACUGUGCAAUCUAACAGGCUAGUGAACUGCAAACUGCCGGACAAAAAAACAAUGAUGAAGAAAUCUGUUCCUCGUGGAACUUAUGAAGAGCAGAUGACUGAAUUUGACGGUAUUGAUUUGACAGCAGUUACUUGGAAGGACAAUAAAGUUGUAACUUUUCUAUCUUCAUAUGUUGGAGCUGAACCUGUGGGCCAAGUAGAAAGAUUUGACAAGGCAAAUAAGACUAGAAUUAAAAUUUCAUGCCCACAUAUAAUAAAGGAAUAUAAUGCCCAUAUGGGCGGAGUGGACCUAAUGGAUAGCUUUAUUGGGAGGUACCGAAUUGCAAUGAGAAGCCGAAAGUGGUAUCUUCGUAUCUUUUACCACUUAUUGGACAUGACGGUAAUAAAUUCUUGGCUUGUGUAUAAAAAUUUAAAAACAACUGAAGCCAAUUCAUCAGUUCUAAACCUAUGUAACUAUAGACUGGAACUAGCUGAGGUAUUAGCCAAAGUAAAUAACUCAUUUGAACUCUGCAACAAAAGAGGAAGGCCAAGUACCAGCAACAGUGUUGAAAUGGAAAUACAAGCAAAAAAAAGGAGAGGACCAGCUCAACAUAUUCCUCCUAAGGACAUAAGGACUGAUAAUGUUGGUCACUGGCCUGGUAAUUGUGUUCGCAGCAGAUGCAAAAUGCCUGGUGGAAGGGAUACACGCAAAACAGGUGUGAGAAGUGUGGAGUAG